AUGGAUGAAAUUGGCAUAGAAAUUCAGAAAGAGGAGCCAACCUUCGGUUCCGUCGUGACCGAAAAGGCGGCACUCUUUCAAGGGCUCCAGGAGGAGGAGGACCUCUACAUCAAAUACAAGAAAUUGGCGAGACAUUUGGAAAUGCUGGAAAUACAGGAGAGCUACAUCAAGGACGAGCAGGCGAAUCUGAAGCGCGAGCUCAUCCGCGCGCAAGAAGAAGUAAAGCGCAUCCAGUCCGUCCCGCUCGUUAUUGGCCAGUUCCUCGAGCCCAUAGACCAGUACACCGCUAUCGUUGGCUCGACAACGGGUUCAAACUAUGUCGUCCGGAUUCUCUCCACACUCGACCGCGAGCUCCUCAAGCCGUCCUCGUCCGUUGCGCUGCACCGACAUUCAAAUGCCCUCGUGGAUAUUCUACCCCCAGAAGCCGACUCGUCAAUCUCGAUGCUUGGAAAGGAGGAGAAACCAGACGUGACGUACCAGGACGUCGGCGGUAUGGACACACAGAAGCAGGAGAUCAGGGAAGCCGUGGAGCUGCCAUUGACACACUUUGACUUGUACAAGAAGAUCGGAAUUGACCCGCCAAGAGGCGUUUUGCUAUAUGGACCACCAGGUACUGGCAAGACGAUGCUCGUCAAAGCCGUCGCACACCACACCACUGCAGCCUUCAUCCGAGUAGUCGGCAGCGAGUUCGUUCAGAAGUAUCUCGGUGAAGGUCCUCGUAUGGUUCGCGACGUCUUCCGGCUAGCACGAGAGAACGCGCCUUCAAUAAUUUUCAUCGACGAGAUUGACGCUAUCGCCACGAAGCGGUUCGAUGCGCAGACGGGUGCAGACCGAGAAGUUCAGCGUAUCCUACUCGAGCUGCUGAACCAAAUGGACGGGUUCGACCAGGGCAGCAAUGUGAAGGUCAUCAUGGCUACAAACCGUGCGGACACGCUGGAUCCUGCAUUACUUCGUCCCGGCCGUCUCGACCGGAAGAUCGAGUUCCCUCUCCCUUCUCGUCGCGAGAAGCGACUGAUCUUCCAGACGAUCACGAGCAAGAUGAAUCUGGGUCCAGAUGUAGACCUCGAAGAUUAUGUAUCCCGUCCAGAGCGAAUAUCAGCUGCAGAGAUCGCAGCAAUUGUGCAAGCAGCCGGUCUACAAGCGGUACGCAAGAACCGAUACAUUGUGCUACCGGCGGACUUCGAGGAGGCGUGGAAACAAAACGUCAAACGGGCGGACGAUAUGCUCGAUUUCUAUCGGUGA